CAUAUGACAUGGUACCUUCGCAUCGAGCACACAGCUCUUUUUGGUGUCCUCGCCCACUCCGGCUACUCGGGUGUCAAAACAAACGCACCCUUCUAAGCACAUAGUCAGCAACGAAACCUCCGAGCGGAUCUGACUGUGCACGGAACUGAUGGGACAGAUACCCUCUAUCUGAUUAGCAUGGAAGUGUCUGAGGACGACUACUUUUACCAUGAUAACUUCAGCUUCAACAUCAGCUAUGAUGACUACCCCUCUCUUUGUGAGAAGGAUGACAUCCGUUCCUUCGCUGCCCUCUUCCUUCCCAUCAUGUACACCGUCUGUCUGGUGGUGGGACUGGCAGGAAAUGCCUUAGUCAUGGCUGUCUAUGCCUAUCACAAACGCCUGAAGACCAUGAUGGAUGCUUUCCUGACCCACCUGGCUAUGGCCGACCUGCUCCUGCUCUUCACGCUGCCUUUCUGGGCCGUGGAUGCAUCAAGGGGCUGGAUGGUGGGCGAGGUCGUCUGUAAGAUCGUCUCGGCCUUCUACACGGUCAACUUCACCUGCUGCAUGCUGCUGCUGGCCUGCAUCAGCUUGGAUCGUUACUUAGCAUUAGCCAGGGUACAAGGUGAAGAACAAAGAGGGCUGUUGCAGAAGGUGUUCAACAGGAGACACUGCUGGAAGGUGUGUUUAGUUGUUUGGGCAACAGCUUUUAUGCUUGGUCUCCCUGAUUUAAUACUCUCAGAAGUGAGGUGGGCAUCUAAUAGGAGUGUGUGCCUGGCUAUAUAUCCUCCAUCCAUGGCCAGAGGUGGUAAAGCUGCCCUGGAGAUAGCUGAAGUUUUGCUGGGGUUCCUGCUUCCUUUCCUGGUUAUGGUGAUCUGUUACUGGAGCAUGGGCCGAGCCCUUAACAGCCUCCCUGUCGAGAGCAGAGGCAAGAAGUGGAAAGCUCUGCGUGUCCUCCUCAUAGUAGUGGGGGCGUUUGUGGUCACACAGCUGCCUUAUAAUGUGCUGAAGGUCUAUCGUGCUAUGGACUCAGUCUACGCUUUAGUGGAUCACUGUGGGACGAGUAAAGUGCUAGAUCAGGCAGCUCAAGUGACGGAGAGCCUGGCCCUCACUCACUGCUGCCUCAACCCGAUCCUCUACGCCUUCAUGGGGUCCUCGUUCAGGCAGCACAUGAUGAAAGUGGCCAAAAAGUUUGGUGAGAAGAGGAGGAGGAGGAGAAGGGACCAUCCUGCAGAGGAGGAAGGGAUGGACAUGACAUUUAACUCCCACAGUGUAUCUCAAGAGACAAACACCUUCUCAAUAUGAACAUGUACUUCAUGGUGAAAGGCAUAUAUAUUUUAAAAUGACUUAUUUAGCAUUUAGAAGAGCAGAUUCAGUUAUUCUCUGGUGUAGGCUGUUAAAAGCAGCAGCAGUAGACUCAGAAUCAUCUUUAAUGACCAAGUGUGUUCGAAUAUACAAGGAAAUUGACUCUGGUACUAAGGCAGUAGUGGAAGCAUGUGUAAAAAGGAAGUUGUUAUUGCAAGUUAUGGCAGAUAUAAACUCCCACCAUACAUCUGUAAACUCAUUUCUCAGUAUCCAUCUCUUACAUACAAUGUUAGUUCACAUGACCCCUACUGUACUUGCUGACUCUUCCUGUUGUUCAGACAGAGAUGGCAAAGAAACAUGGAACAGUUUGCAAAGGGAUCUCAGGUUUACCAAGGUGGCAUGGCUGGCAAAUUUGUAUUUUUCAUUUGUGAGUGAUAAAAGAAAAAACAAAUAUGUAUAUCCUGGUCCCAAAAAAGCACUACUUUGUCUGAGGUGCAGCAUUUUCAUGACAGUAACCAUUUUGAACUUUAAUUCAACCUUAAGACAUCAGCUUUUUCAGAAGAGUCCCACAAGAGACACACAGAGCUUCCUGAAGUAUGGAGAGAAACAUGAUACUUUAUGCAUUAUGCACUGUUAGAUGGUUUUAUAAACAUUUAUUAAUUAUUUAAUCAUUAUAAAAUUAUUAUACUGAUGUACUGUCUUUGUAGACACCAGAACUUUCUCAGUUUUCAACCUAUGACCUUUUGUCUAUCUACAUUUCUGUAUCAUAGCUCCACAUAGAAGAGAACUGCCAGAUGAACUUUAAAACCUGAUUGUGGCAUAUGUUAUAAUAAAA